AUGUCCGAUAAUGAGGAAUUCGAGAAUAACGUCGCCCAGACUGGAGAGGGUCAAGGUACCACGUACUCUGUACUUGUCUCCGCCCUGAGAAAGAAUGGACAUGUGGUCAUCGACGGCCGCCCUUGCCGCCUGCUUCAGGUUUCAACAACCACCGAGGGGAGCGAUCUUGUGGGAGAAGACCUUUUCAUAGACCAAGAGAUCGAGGCAUCGCUACCAAGCGAUGCCCGCGUGGAUGUUCCGACGGUAUCGCGAAAGGACUACGAACUGGUACCCCUCCCAAACUUGGUUUCGAAAUGUGAGUAUUUGACUAAUACCCGGGUGUUCUACUCUGAGGUGAAUGUCGAAGUUGACGAGGGCAUGUUGAACCUGCUUGAUAACGAAGGCACACCGAGGAACGAUAUUCCUGUUCCAAAUGGCGACCUAGGGGAUCAAAUCAAGUCAGACUUUGCGGAUGGAAAGAUGUUGGUUGUUACUAUCCUCUCAGCGAUGGACGAAUCCAGGCCGAUUUCUGCCAGAGAGGCCGCGAAAGGGGAAUUUUAG